CCUGGAAAGCAUCCACUGCAGUUGCAAAGAAAUUGCCAAUUCAACUUCUCUACCGUCCUCCCUCGUUUUCAAUUGGUUUAACAGCAUCACUAGGCUUAGCCCAUAAGGCUUUAGCACUAUAUAAAUGGAGUAUAAAUAAAAUGUUCUUUUAUAACAAGUUCGUUACUUAGUUAUAUCUCAUUGCUUCUUAGAGAAACUGACACGCAUAUUUCGUGACUCUCACGCGCCUCUCUCUCUGAUAGCCAUUUCUGCUAUUCUCUCGCCCUCUCUCUCUCUCUGUCUCUCUCUCUCUCUCUCUCUCUCUCUUUGUGCGCAUCACACUCACAGGUCCUCGCAAAUAUCUUCGCCAUCGAAUCGAGUUCGCUCCUUCUUCAGAUUCACCGAACUGUGAACCCUAGGCUUAACUGAAUCAUCGAAAAAAUGGUUUCCUUUGAGAUGAAUGACCGAAAGAAGAUUGGAUUAGGACUGACAGGAUUUGGCGUAUUUUUCUCAUUCCUGGGGAUUAUCUUCUUCUUUGACAAGGGAUUGCUUGCCAUGGGAAACAUACUCUUCUUCUCAGGGGUGACUCUGACCAUUGGACCAAAGUCUACCAUGCAGUUCUUCAUGAAGCGUCAAAAUUUUAAGGGAACAAUUUCAUUUGGUGUUGGCUUCUUCUUUGUUGUCAUUGGAUGGCCAAUUGUGGGCAUGAUUUUGGAGUCAUACGGGUUCAUUGUACUCUUCAGUGGCUUCUGGCCAACACUGGCAGUUUUCUUGCAAAGGAUACCUAUUCUCGGUUGGUUGAUCCAACAGCCAUAUAUCAGAUCGUUCUUUGACCGGUAUCGGGGUAAGCGGGUGCCUGUAUAAGCCAGGAAAAGAUUCCAUAAAAGUUGCAGAGAGGCCCAGUCGUAAGUUCUUGUAAUAUACAGUCAAAUCGAGACCCAUAAUUUUUUCAUUUGGAUGACGUGGUGGCUGUAGAAAAGAAUACUCAUUUGAUGAUGAGAUUUAUCUUUUACCAAAAGAAAGGAAAGUUAAUCUGAGCUUUAAUAUGUACUAUUCCAGGGUUUAUGUUACUGGAUCAGAAGUUGUUUCAGACUUAACCUCUCUGGUGCAUGUUCCAAUAUUCAAGUUACCAUUGAUUGUGUGUAGUUCUGACUUGUGAUUCUUCUUACCUUUAUGAAUAAAUGGAGUGCAUUGGGGAAUUUCACUUCA